AGACAGAGAAAAAUGAGUUUUCGUGUGUGAGGAAGGAAAGGGAAAGAGAGUGUGUCUCCAAAAUUUAUUUUCCUGUCGAGAAAAUCCCAUAAAUUCAUCUGAACCACCCUUUUGAUCAUUCUUCAUAAUCUGCUAACUAAAAUCCAGAUCCUCAGAUUUUACAUUUGCAAAUGGAAACCCACAUAAAAUGUAAAAGAAAAUGCUACCUUUGUUGACCUCAAAUUUUGGACGGAUUCCUUGAUCAACAGAACGAGCCGUACAAUCAGGUAGGGUCGUACUGCUCGAGUUGAAGCCUUACAAUUCAUGGCUCCUAGCACGAUUAGAAAUGUUAUUGGAGCAGUGAAGGAUCAAACCAGCAUAGGCUUAGCCAAAGUCGGUAGGAGCUCCUUGUUGUCAGACCUCCAGGUAGCCAUUGUUAAGGCCACUAGGCAUGACGAAUACCCACCGAACGAGAAGCAUAUCAGAGAAAUUCUGACCUUAACGUGCUACUCGCGUCCAUAUGUAGGCGCAUGCGUUAGCACCAUUUCAAGGCGCAUGAGCAAAACAAAGAACUGGGUUGUGGCACUGAAGACAUUGGUGUUGAUCCAGAGGCUACUUACAGAAGGAGAUCCAGCCUUUGCAGAGGAGAUUUUCUUUGCGACGAGGCGUGGGACUCGUCUUCUCAACAUGUCUGGUUUUCGAGGAAGUUCUCGGUCGAACUCUUGGGAUUAUUCUGCGUUUAUCCGAGCAUAUGCAUUGUACCUGGACGAACAUCUUGAAUUCAAGAUGCAAGGCAAGCGGGGGACGCACACUGCAUUUGCCUACGAAGACGAGGAAAACGAGGUUGGCUGGAAAGCCGAGGGUGUGGGUGCAACACCAGUGUGCGAAAUGAAGAAUGAACGGAUAUUCUCAAGGAUUCAGCAUCUGAUGCAACUUCUUGAGAGAUUUUUAGCAUGCAGACCAGCAGGGGUUGCAAAAUUUAACAAGGUUGUAACUGUUUCUCUGUACCCUAUAGUAAAAGAGAGCUUUCAGCUAUAUUAUGAUAUAUCAGAAAUCAUCGGUAUUUUGAUCGAUCGGUUCAUGAAGCUUGAUAUCCCUGAUUCAGUAACAGUUUACGAGAUAUUCUGUCGAGUUUCAAAGGACUAUGAUCAGCUUGACGCUUUCUAUGUCUUGUGCAAGAGUGUUGGAGUAGCACAUUCUACAGAAUAUCCAGACAUUGGGAAAAUACCACCAAAGAAACUAGACGUCAUGGAUGAAUUCAUCAAAGAGAAAUCAAUAAUGGCACAAAAAAGGAGGAAUCAGAUCAUGGUACCAAGACCUGAACCAACUGUAGAAACCAAAGAGUCAAAACCCAAAGAGGACAUGAAUAGAAUUGAAGCCUUGCCAGCACCAGAAGAAUUUCUUGAAGAAACAGAUGAAGAAAAGAAAGACGAAGAGGUGACGAGUAAGGAGAAUAAUAAAACCCAAGAAGUAGGAGAUUUGUUGAACUUAGGUGAAGAUGCUCCAUCUACAGAAGAACCUGGGGACAAACUGGCUUUAGCCUUAUUUGAUAGCUAUCCAGCACCAACCAUUACGUGUACAGAAACUCCAUGGGAAGCCUUCAAAGAAUCAGACGAUUGGGAAGCAGAAUUGGUUCAGUCGGCCAGCAAGUUGUCGAACCAAAAGGCAUCACUUCCCUGGGGCUUCGACUCAUUGAUGCUUGAUGGUAUGGAUCAACAAGGGGCCAUAGCUCAGGCAGCAGCUUCUUCAGGUCUUAAAGCCACUGGAGAUGCAAGUAGCAUUGCAAUAGGUUCGACUGGAAGGCCGGCCAUGCUGGCAUUGCCAGCUCCACCACCAACUGGUGGAGCCACCAACUUGUCAACAAAUUCUGACCCUUUUGCAGCCUCACGAGCAAUAGCACCACCAUUGUAUGUUCAGAUGUUCGAGAUGGAAAAGAAACAGAAACUUUUAGUAGAAGAGCAAUUAAUGUGGCAACAGUACGCAAGAGAUGGACUGCAAGGACAAGUAGGAUUAGUUAACCCACAUCAAAAUCCAUAUCCAUACAUCAAAGGAGCUUACAUGAGAACCUACUGAAGAUGUACAGAUCUGUGGCAAAAUUCUCCAGGGGAAACCUUGAAACAGAUCUGUGGACACGAUGGGAAGUCAGAUCCUUCAAAGAUACUCUUUGUAGUAGUAGAAUCUAUAAACGUACUGAUACUAACAGAUUAUGGUGGUAGAAUGACAAUAGUGCAAUUUUAUCCUAAAGGAGAAGAGAAGAAAAAAUCGCAUUGAAAAUGCAUGAUGCAUAUUAUUUAAUAAAUUAUCAAACAGGAAGCAAAUUGACUAAGAAAAAUUUCACCCAGCAAUCAUUU